UGGGAGUCAUAUCAUGUAUUAUAUUAUCAAUCUAAGGCUGUUGGGAGUCACGUAGUGGCCAGGGUUGUGCUAAUUUCACAAUUUCCCCUUCACUGUGGUUGGUUGAUAGAGUUUCACUACCUAAAGUCACACAGACGCAGGACUUUGCAGGGAGAAGACACAGCUAUAGACGUAUAUUAGAGUUGAGGUUAGAAGUAGAAGUUACUGUAUUUCACCACAAGUGUGUUAAGAUGUCAGAGGGAGUCUAUGAAAACUCAGAUGGAUUUGAAUACGAUGAGCCUGAUGCAAUGAAAAACACAGAGAUUGAUGGCCAAUUAUAUUCCAAUGUAAGAGCCUUCAAGCCCAGUUCAAGAGAUGGAGUUGUUGCUUCAGAUGGAGUCAUUGGUCAUCACGACUCAACAGAGAGAGACCAGCUACAGACCAGUUACAGCCUUCUGACUAAAGAGAGAGACCAGCUACAGACCAGUUACAACAAGCUGACUAAAGAGAGAGACCAGCUACAGACCAGUUACAGCCUUCUGACUAAAGAGAGAGACCAGCUACAGACCAGCAGUAACACCCUGACUAAAGAGAGAGACCAGCAACAGAAAGAGAAAAAUUAUCUCAUGAGAAAGUUCUCUAAUCUGAAACAAACCUGCCCUAAAGACUGGAAGAAGUUUGAAUCCAGUUGGUACUUCCUGUCUACUGAGACUAAAACCCGGGGGGAGAGCAAAGAUGACUGUCUGGAGAGAGGAGCAGACCUGGUGAUCAUCAACAGUGAUAAGGAACAGGAGUUUCUCUUCAACCCCAACAAGGGUUUCUGGAUUGGUCUGACUGACACUGUUACUGAGGGGACCUGGAAAUGGGUGGACGGCAACCCACUGACCACCCCAAAGUACUGGGGGAGUGGACAGCCUAAUGGUGGUGGAGUGGAGAACUGUGUGUUGUUAACUCACAGUUCAUCAGACCAAGGACAUGGCAGGACUAUCCGUGUUCAUUUAACCGUUCCUGGAUCUGUGAGAUAGUUCUUUCUCACUUUUAGUUAUGAUGUUGAUUGUCAUGCUGAAAGUCAUGAUACCAGCUACAGGGCCUUCAGAAAGUAUUCACUGCCUAGACCUUUUCCACAUUUUGUUGUUUACACGCUGAAUUUUUAAAUCGAUUAAAUUGAGAUUUUAC